CUGCCUCUCUUGCCAUCGCCAUAAUUUCCGCACUUUAUCGGUCACUUAUUCUUGCAGAAUCAUGUCCGGCGAGUCUCCUCGCAGCAGACGGAAUCGGAAGGAGCGUGAGGAGCGCCGCGCCGAGGGGGGAAGACGCGCGCCGGCAGAGUCGUUCGCACGGGAGCGCGGCACGCCAAAGAAGGAGGGAGGGCGUACGACGGGCGUGCGCGUCGCCGAACGAAGUCACCACCUAUGUGGCAACACGGAGGAGGGAAAGAGAACCCUCAAGCAUCAUAGAGCGAUGGGCAAGACGGCGAGGGCGACGGUGGGGGAUCCAUCCCACCUCGACAGGAUGGCAGUUCUCCGCGCGACUGCAACUCGACAAGCCGCCCGCUGCGCGAGGCGAGACGCUCGAUGGCCCGCCCGCAAUGGCUUCUUCCUCAGCGUCCAGCACGCCCUCGACCGCUAUCGCGUCAUCAGCGAGAAUUUCGACCGCGCGCGGUUCUCCAUCGGCGCCAACCCUCUCGUCGUCGGGUGCGUGCCCUGGCCAGCGGUGGUGCAUCCGAGUCGGCUUGUAGGCGACGAUGGCCGAGGCGUUCAGGGAAGUACGUCGUGGGAGGACGUCGAGCACUUCCUACAGGGUGUAAAGCAGAUUUUGAGGCCGGCGGAGUAUCAGGAUCUUCUCCGGAAGGUCAGGCUGCAGUUCCAUCCGGAUAAGUGGGCGAGUCGGGGGAUCCUGGAGAGUGUUCUGGACGACGAGCUUCGCGUCCAGCUACAUACCUGGUGUGUGAUAGUCUCGCAGGCAGUCAACGCUGCGUGUUGA